CUAUACCAAGCAAGCAUAUAUGCCAACUGCUUAUAAAAAUUCUUUAGGCAAAAAGAUGAUACAGAAGCAGAGGUGAGAACAACUGCUUAACAUAAAAUACACCUUCUCUUAGACCCUUUUUUUAUAUCCUUCUUUUGUGUUCCUUCAUUUUCACAUCAUUAAGCAAAGUGACUGUAUGACAAAGUUGGGCUGCUAAAGAAUCAAUCUCUAUAGCCACUUGUCCCCCCAUGCUCUUACUUUGUCCGCUUCUAGGGCCGUCCUACUCUGAUCUCUAUAUAAAGCUCUUAUGCUUGGCUUGAGAUUUUGAGUGUUGUGGAGUUGGUUUGUAAAAAGCUAGCUAGCUAGUUUGGAAGUUCUGGGCAUUGCAGAAAGCCAUGGAAACAAGCAAAGGUUACAAGAGAUUCUGCAUUCUUCUUCUCUAUGUAACUAUGGCAGCCAUCUUCUUUAACCAAUGUGAUGCUAGAAGAUCAAUGCAACCAUUCAAGCAUCCAAGACAUCUCAGAAGUUCAGUCAUCAAAACCACAAAAAAGUUGAAAGUUACAAAGCACUUAGACAUUGAUCCAAUGUUGGAUUCAUCAAAUGUCCAACCCUACAGUUUGAGUUCGCCAUUUUCUUUACCACCAUUUGAGUCACUAGGUCCAAUGCCCUUGCCUGAAAACACACCUCCAUAUUGUACUUAUCCACCUAAUACCCCACAACCUCCCACUACAUCCAUUCCAACUCCCACUGUUCCAUCACCAUUUUACUAUCUCCCACCAGUUCUUCCAGCCCUAAGCCCACCGCCAAGCCCAACCGGCACAUUACCCGGCCCGCCCACAACAAAUCCCCCCGAAAUUCUUCCAAGCCCACCUACCACAAACCCACCAGAAAUUUUUCCAAGCCCACCUGCCACAAACCCACCAGAAAUUGUUCCAAGCCCACCAAGUAGUGUACCAAGUCCCACUACCUAUGUUCCAAGCCCACUAGGGCCCAUAUUAAGCCCACCUUAUAUUGAGCCCAGCCCACCAGGCUAUGUCCCAGGCACACCUACAUAUACACCAGCCCCCACUGUUUUUGUUCCAAGCCCACCAUUGUUUCAACCACCAGUGGUGUACCCACCACCAACAGUGCCACCACCACCAAACACUCCUCCAAACAGAGCCCUUUGGUGUGUGGCUAAGCCAUCAGUGCCUGACCCAAUUGUUCAAGAAGCCAUGGACUAUGCUUGUUGGUCUGGAGCUGAUUGCGAUUCAAUUGAGCCUGAUGGUUCUUGCUUUCAGCCCAACACUUUGUUUGCACACGCUUCAUAUGCUUUCAAUAGCUUUUGGCAGAAGACCAAAGCGGCUGGUGGCACGUGCGAGUUUGGAGGCUCAGCCAUUCUUGUCACAGUUGAUCCAAGCUAUGAUGGGUGCCACUUUGAGUACUAUUAACUUGAAGAUGCAAGACCCACUUUUAAAAACUAGAAGACAGAUUUGGCCCCUUUUUUUCUCAGGCUCUCUCCCAUAUAUAUUUCAAAUAAUCAAUAUAUAUUAUAGACUUACAGUGAAUUCAACAUGAAUUUUGUAAGUAAUAUUUAUAGAUUUUGAUAGGUUGGUCCCUUGUCAGUUUAGGGUUUUAAGAUUUUUGGUUUUAGGUUCUUAUCUUGAAAAUUUUCUUUUUGUACAUGGGAUCUACCUUUAAUCUCUUUGCAUAAGAUGUAUAAACUGCAUGCAUUGCAGUAUU